AUGGUAUCAAUCUGGGGAUCCAGUCGUCGCAAUGACGAGGGAAGAGGCGAAGAAGGACACCAAGAUCCUGACAAUCGAGAGCCCGAUGAGCGUACGCGCUUGCUGCCUAGGGACGCCCAAAAUGAAGGGUUUUUGAGUCCGGAUGACCCAGCUGUCUCACCGUAUAAUCUCUGGAGUAUCCGAGCUCUUCGCUUCUUCAGCAGCGUCUUUCUCGCCAUCAGUUUUGUUUGGUGGGUAUUUCUACUCGUAUCAAUCUUUGUCAGUCCACCAUUGAUGUUCAACCGUGGUUCUGGCUUUACCGACUUCUCAUAUACGACCUUGACAGUGGGCAAUUUGAUCAUCAGUUUACUUUUCUUCGCCGUGCCGUCACGACCAAUGAUUAUGUGGAAUAUUAUCCUGGCGUUGCUGCUGGUCGUGGAUAUGAUCAUAAUACUUGCAGUUCCGCGCAUACGACUAGAAGAAGGCUGGGUGGGCAUUGCGUCGACUGUUUGGGCAGCGUUGAUUUCCAUCUACAACGUUUUCCAGAUAUAUGCCGUCGAGAAGGGCAAAGAAGAAGAGGAGGAACGACUGACAGGCCGUGUGGAGACCAGACGGUCUCUUCUAGAAUGGACCGCAGUACUGGCCGAAACAAUCGUUCUGGGAGUCGUUGCCCUCGUAGCAAUCCUUCUGACCGCUACGUUGAUCUUGCGUGCCAGGGAUGCAAGUCUAGAGGCCCCCGGCAAAAGAUAUUUUGUCAACAACGGGAAAUACCAAGUUCAUCUCGCCUGUAUCGGAAAUAUCACAUAUCCCGAUGUUACUGGCGAGAAAGAUAAGAAACAGAAGCCAACAAUCUUGGUUGAAGCUGGAGAGUUCCCCUCGGAGCACAGUCUGCAACCAUUCGUCCAUAACGCGUACCAAAACGGCACUAUCGACCGAUACUGUUACUGGGACCGACCGGGAUUCGCAUGGUCGGACAAUGCCCCCUCGCCACAUUCAGCAGGCAUGUCCGCCGACGCUCUAUCCGAGGCUCUCGCCCUCGCCGGCGAGGAAGGGCCCUGGAUUCUUGUCUCAGCCGGAGUCGGCAGCAUUCACAGCCGCAUAUUCGCCAGCCGCCACAUUCACGAUAUCAGCGGCCUGUUCAUGAUUGAUCCAAUGCAUGAAGAUCGGUUGCAGCAGCACAUCGGAACCGCAGGUCGCGGCUUCGUGCUUUGGGGUCGUGGUAUCAUUUCACCCUUAGGAUUGGACCGGUUGGCAGGCGCGAUUUUCAAGGGUCGCACGCGCGAAGACAGGAUUUAUGGUAAAGUGUCCUAUCAAAGUGGGCGAUUCAUCAAGGCGAAGCUCCAGGAGAACUUGGUUGCAGGGAGCAUUACGGCAAGCGAGAUUGCGAGCGCGAGAAAUAUUCAGACGCCCGAAACGCCGCUGGUGGUGGUUAGUUCGGGUGUUGAAGUUCGCAGGAGUGAGGAUUGGGCAAGACAGCAAGAACGCAUGACAGGCAUCACAGAGAAUCUGGUUGCGUGGGAUGUGGUUCGUGGUGCGCCUCAUGAGGUUUGGAGAAGUUUCGAGGGUCGGCAGACGCUGGAGAGGAGGCUUGCGGAACUUAUCAAGCAAGCAUAG